CGAGGUAACUAUGCAGAGUUCUGUGAGUGUUAUAGAACGGAGGGGUGGAAUAUUAUGGGAUGUCUGCCCCCUUUGUGUGUUUGUGUGGAUGUUAGCUAAGCUCUGCUAGCUACUGAGGGUUAGGGGAGAGAAGGGGAGGACGGUGUGAGCAACGUGUUUAGCGGGACAAUUAACUGCACCUUUUUUUCUCGAUGAUUUUACAGUAUUUUUAAUAUCAUAAGUACCACUAAGGUACACUUGUUAUCAAACCAAGAGAACCAUCUAAAUUCGGGACAACACACCCCACCGCCCCCCUCCCCCCUUCCUGGACACCCCCGUUCCAUUCUCCACCACCCACACGUCAUUUUCCCUCCUCCCUCGCCGACAAGAUCGGGCAAGGGGGGUGUCGACGAGAGGGAUUAAUUGUAUUAAUAAACUCUUAAAUAUUUAACUAUGUCGGGAAGUGAGGAUGAAAGGGAAGACUUUGGACCUACGGAGAGCCAUUCACUUGUACAUGAUGAAGAGCUCGAAGAGGUUAUGUCAGACGUCGAUCUGCCCAAGUCAAAGAAGAAAAAGAAAGCCAAAAAGAGCCGCGAGAGUCGGAGCAGCAAGAGGCAAAGAGCCGCUCGAGAGGAGAUACCCGUCAGCUCCCCAGAGCCCAUGAUGGGGUCAGAGGCGGUAGAGAUGGAGGGCGGGGAGGAAGGAGCAGGUGUGAGGUCGGAGAGCGAAGGGAGCGACUACGCCCCCGGGAGGAAGAAGAAGAAACGCUCCAGUUCAGCCAAAGACAAGAAGAAAGGAGGAGGCGCGGGUGGAGACAGGGAGAAAGGUGGAGGGACGUCGUCCAGCUCAAAGAGUAAGCGGAAAGACCCGGAACCUGAGGAAGACGAGGAUGAUGACGAUAGCCAGCCAAAGAGCUCCACCCAGCUGUUGGAUGACUGGGGCAUGAAGGACAUCGACCAUGUCUUCACUCAAGAAGACUACAGCUCCCUCACCAACUACAAGGCUUUCAGCCAGUUCGUCAGGCCCCUCAUAGCAGCCAAGAACCCCAAGAUUGCCGUGUCCAAGAUGAUGACCUUGAUGAUGGCCAAGUGGAGAGAGUUCAGCACCAACAACCCCCUGAAGGGCUGUGCCAGCGCCAACGCAGCCCUGGCCGCUGCCAGCGUGGCUGCGGCCGUGGAGAGCAUGGUGGUGGCAGAGGGAGCUGUAGAGCCGGCGGCAGCCCCCUCGCCCGUGCCGGCCCCCUCGCCCGUGCCGGUGGUGGUGGUGGCCCCAGCCCCCGCUGUUCCCCCGCCCCCCGCACCCCCGCUCCGCAAGGCCAAGACCAAAGAGGGCAAAGGUCCCAACGCACGCCGGAAGACCAAACCCACACCCAAGGCCCCGCCCAAGCCCAAGCCCAAAAAGGUGGCUCCGCUCAAGAUCAAACUGGGAGGCUUCAACAGCAAGAGGAAGCGCUCUUCUAGUGAUGAGGACGAGCCGGAUGUGGACAGUGACUUUGAGGAGUUUGCCGUGUCGGACGGCUCCAACAGCCGAAGCAGCCGCUCCAAGAAGAAGGCCAAGAGCUCCAAGAAGAAGAAGAAAGUGGAGACGGAGGACGGGGAUGGCUAUGAGACGGACCACCAGGACUACUGCGAGGUGUGUCAGCAGGGCGGGGAGAUCAUCCUGUGUGACACCUGCCCCCGCGCCUACCACAUGGUCUGUCUGGACCCAGACAUGGAGAAGGCUCCUGAGGGCAAGUGGAGCUGCCCUCACUGUGAGAAAGAGGGGAUCCAGUGGGAGGCCAGAGAGGAGCUGUCGGAGGGGGAGGCGGAGGACGAGGAGGAGAGGAGGGAGGAGGCCGGGGUGGAGGAGGAGGACGACCACCACAUCGAGUUCUGCAGGGUGUGCAAGGACGGGGGGGAGCUGCUGUGCUGUGACACCUGCCCCUCCUCCUACCACCUCCACUGCCUCAACCCCCCCCUGCCGGAGAUCCCCAACGGGGAGUGGAUCUGCCCUCGCUGCACGUGCCCCGCAAUGAAGGGUAAAGUCCAGAAGGUUCUGACGUGGCGCUGGGGGGAUGCUCCAGCCCCCCUGCCCGUGCCCCGCCCCGAGGACCUCGCGGCCGACGCCCCAGACCCCCCGCCGCUGGCCGGCCGCCGGGAGAGGGAGUUCUUUGUGAAGUGGUGCAACAUGUCCUACUGGCACUGCUCCUGGGUGCAGGAGCUUCAGCUGGAGUUGAACUGCCAGGUGAUGUUCCGUAACUACCAGAGGAAGACGGACAUGGACGAGCCCCCGCCGGUGGACUUUGGGCUGGAGGGGGACGAUGACAAGAGCAGCAAGAGGAAGAACAAGGACCCUCUGUACGUCCACAUGGAGGAGGAGUUUUACCGCUACGGGGUCAAGAUGGAGUGGCUCAUGAUCCAUCGCGUGCUCAACCACAGUGUGGAUAAGAAGGGCAACGUCCACUACCUGAUCAAGUGGAGAGACCUGGCCUACGACCAGGCCUCCUGGGAGAGCGAGGAGAUGGACAUCCAGAGUUUGACGUAUACAAGCAGACCUACUGGAACCACAGGGAGUUGAUGGUGGGUGAUGAGGGCCGGCCUGGGAAGAAGCUGAAGAAGACUGCUAAAGUGAAGAAGACUGAGAGGCCCCCUGCUAACCCAGUGGUCGACCCCACCAUCAAGUUUGACCGCCAGCCAGAGUACCUGGAGACCACGGGGGG